CCACCCGGGCACCGCCGGGCCAGGAGGGAUCCGUGUCCCGGCCGGCGGCACCUCGGGCACCGGGGGUCCCGCAGCUCGGUAUGACCCGUCGGGAAGGAGGGCAGCCCCGGUACAGAGCCCCGGCGGAGGCAUCCCCCGUCGGCACUCCACGCCACCGGGCUGCCAGAGCCGGGCUGGGCGCUGGAGGAGGGAAGGGAAGAGUGACCCGGGCCGCGGUGCCCGUUAAUUGGGAGCUAAUAGCGCUUAAUGGGGAUCCCGGGAGAAGCGGCACUGGUUUGCAAAUGAACGAGAACACGGCCAAAAAUUACCUCCCACCUAAUUUUCCCGGUUCCCGAGCGUGCCGCGUGGUGAAGCGGCGUGGGGUGGCAGCCAAACCCCACGGAGCUGAGAGUGGCGAGGGGCUGGGAGCGGCGGCGUGCAGAGCCGGGGGCACUGGAGCCGUGCCCUGUCCCUCCCCUGGCCGGGACGGCCACCAUGGGUGGGGAUGGACGGCAUGACGCCGGGCCGGGGUGGUGCCCAGCAGCCCUGGCAACCGGCUGCAGCUUGUCCCAAACACCCAGCGAGCCAUGGGCAUGCACGGACACCUCACCUUCCUCCUCCUCAGCCUCUGUGCCCCGGGGACUUUCGUCAGAGCAACAGUCCUGCCUGACCUGCCACGUGUUGUGGCCCUGAGUGAGGACACAGCGUCAGGCACCCGCGUCACUGAGGUGACCGUGUCCUGCAGCAACUCAAGCAGCAGUCCCAAUGUCACCCUGGAUAGCAUCGAGCCCGACCACCCCUUCAACUCCAUCGCCAUCAGCUCUGACCCCACGGAUGCCACCACAUUCCGGGCAGAGGUGACACUGCGUGCUGGUGCAGAGCUCGAUGCCCGCCGGACAAACCAGUACACACUGAUCCUGCGGGCUGCUUGUCCUGGUGAGGAUGAGGUGGAAGAGCGGCUCUUUGUGCGGGUGACAGCAGGGCAUGUGCUGCGCUGUGACAGCCCCUUUGCCAGUGCAGAGGGUGAUGUGGUGCAGGUGCUGGCAGAUGUGGCGCCCCGGACACCCCUGUACACGGUGCUGCCACAGCCACUCGGUGGGCUGACGUUCACGCUCCGAAACCGCAACACACCACUCACGCUAACCCGCCGGGGCCUGGUGCUGGCACCUGACAAUGGUUUUGAUCCCAGCAAGGACACCCAGACAUUCCGCUUGGAGAUCGAGGUGAUGGAUCGUCACGGGCACAACUGCAGCGGGGCUGUAAGGGUGGAAGUGCUGCCAUCACGCCGUCCCCGUGUCACCUUCCCUGAGCCACACCGGGCUGUGACAGUGACAGAAGGCAUUGGCCCCUGGGAGGUGGUCACACAGGUCCAUGCCAGAGGUAACAAUGUCCGCUAUGCCAUCCUUGCUCCUGUGGCUCCCGCACUCUUCACUAUUGAUGAGGUGACAGGUGAGAUCCGCAGCACCCGGCGGCUGCAGGUGAUCUGUGCCCACCUGCUCAUCCAGGCUUACAACACGCUGCACCCCAAUGACCACGCCACCGCCACGGUCAAUGUCACCGUGCAGGGGACAGACCGCCUGGCACCAAGAUGUGACCCAGCCAUCUUUGUGUCCCAGGUGUCCGAAACCAUGUCCCCCGGCAGCACAUUGGUGACACUGAGGUGCACCGGCUUCACCAGCACUGACGGGUGUCUGCACUAUGCUCUUGAGGGGCCUCCCUCAUCCCGCUCCCACUUCUGCAUGGAGGGGCCACAGCUGAAGGUCAACACCACCCUGGACUAUGACUCGGAGUCCAUGGCUGCUCUGGGCUUCCAGCUCACGGCCACCAUUCUGGUGACAGUGGGAGGGCAGCCCCGACAGAGCACCCGUGUGCCUGUGCUCGUGACGGUGACACCUGUCAACGAAUUCACACCGGCGUGCCCCAGCAGUGCCACCUUCACCGUGCCAGAGACAGCAGCUUUCAGCAGCGUUGUGGGGCGAGUGGCUGGCACCGACCGUGACUACCCCCAGGAUAGCUUGGAGUACAGCCUGGAGGGGGGGACUGGCCCCGCACAGCCCUUCUCCAUCGACAGGCGCACUGGCGAGAUCCGCGUGGUGGGACCCCUGGACUCGCAGCAGCAGAAGAGCUACAGGCUGGUGGUGCGGCUGACGGACACCCACAAUGACCUGGACCUAAGGAAGAGGCGGAGCCGUCUGUGCGACGUGUCUGUGCGCCUGCAGGCUGUGCCGGACCAGCUGCCGGUGUGCAUCCCCGAGGUGCAGGAGCUGCGGAUCACGGCUGGGUCCCCGGGCAGCCGCCAGCCUGUCACCCGCCUGGUGUGCCAGGGCGGCCCCGACAGCGCCCUGCUGACCUACAACAUUGUUGGAGGCAAUGAAGAUGGGCGCUUUCGGCUGGAAGGGAACACCCUUGUCUACCUGCCCAGUGACCGAGCCGAGCCUCACCCCUUUGUCCUGCUGGUGGAGGUGUGGGGCGGCUCUGGUGGCCGCCGCCGCCGCAGCAGCUUGGUGGCACUGGUGGUGCACGUCACCCCCCGGAGCACCCCAUUGCCACCCAGCACCACCACCCAGCACACGACGCUGCAGAAGGAGCCGCUGGUUGUCCUGCAGACAGAGGCAGUGUGGCACCCGCCAGCCUGGUUUGUGGCCGUGCUGACCAUCUCUGGUGUCCUGCUGCUGGCCACCCUGGGCUGCAUGGCCCGGAACUUGCUGUGCAGCAGCCGGGCCCCUGGCAAGCUGUUUCUGGCCAAGAGCUCCUGGGAUGUGGUGGAGCACAGCGGGGGCAAGGAGGAGCAGGGACACCCACAUGCCAGCAGCCCAGGGCAGUUCGAUGGCCGUGCUCAGGACCCACGCACCGGCAGGGACUAUCUCUUCAGCAGCGUGACCGGGGCUCGGCGCUGGAUCUGAAGGGCUUGACUUGACAAGGGGCUCCUUGUGCCCCACAGCUCCACGGGGGCAGUGCUGGGCAGAGCACCGGGCGCUGGCAGACAGCUGGUACAGCCCCCGAGGAGGAGACCCAUCCUUUGUGGCCAAACCUGCUGCACACGGGGUGCAGCCACACCCUGAGCCACCUCAGCUAGUGUAGAGCUAAUAAACGUGUCAGAGAUUGCA